AUGCACGGCGUGGCACAGUGGAUUCCCUUCAUGCCAUACAAUCGUGCGCCUUCAAGCUCUUCAACUGUCAUCCCUUUGCCAUGUCCUAGACUGCUCCAAUUUCUCCACAAGGACGUGCGACGGACUCCCACAGAAAGCGCCCCUACUGUGCCGACUGUGCCACCUCUUCCUUCUCCAUCGGCCCUGUCCCCUCCACAGAGAGCAAGUUUCGAGCCGUUUAUGACUCACCUAGAUUUUGAAGACAUUGUAGAAGAGCGUUAUAUAUCCAUCAACAACGUCGGAGUCUCUAAUACCCCCAUUUUCGACGACGGAUUUGUCGUCGUCUACGCAAUUGACAAUUUCUUCGACCUGAAUUUCACCCUAGCGGACGCGGAUCCGGCCAACACGAACCCUAUAUCCUCACAGUGCCUGAAGCUUGAAUCAUCCUCCAGAUUUGGGGACGCGUCCGGAGUUCUGAAAUCGAGAGGCUACUCGUUAUUUUCCUCGUUUCUGGAACUGCAGCUCAUUGGAUUUCUGGGGAACUCACACGACGCUGUGAAACCGUGGACAGUUUUUGCAGCGAUGGACGAGGAAUUGGUCCAGUUUUCAGGCGAUUUCGUAGGCCUCUCUUCUUUGUUCAUGAGGCAUUUGGCUCCGUGUAAACUAAUGUGGAAUGAUAUGGAUGAGAUGGCCAACGGGACUGUGGUGUCCAACAACGUGAGCGGUUUUAGCUUGGAGAUUACGAAGGAUGAAAUUGAUACAGUGAUGGUGAAUGGAGUCGAAAUCACUUUCCCAGAGCUGUACGAGAGCGAGUGGCUGGUGGUUCAUGGGAUACGAGCAGUGAUUGCUUUGCCGGAGAUUGGCGGCGAGGAGAUGGAAGUGAUGGAGGAUUUUCCGGUGGAGGAAGACAACAACUCGAUGGCUGUGGAUAAUAGGGAAUUUUGA